CAAGUAGAUACUCUGUAUUUAUUGCGUCCUUAUUAAAAAUGCCCAUGCGCACGCUUAUUUGCUCUUCCUCUUUCAGGCCUGUUCCCUGUGUGCGGUGUUCUUUUCUCGAGUGCUGAUGUGCCACGCCCUUCUUUUCUUGUUGUUCGUGCACGGUUGAAGAAGGCCGUAACAGUUCUCCGCCUGUUUUUGGCCUCACAGCGUUACUAACCGAACUUAAAAUGAGAACUGCAACUGCCCAUCUCGUUCUCGUCCCACCAUGACUGCCGCCAACCCUUCGCCCCAGGGUCACGCCUCUGCGGUGGAGGAGCCAGCGGUGGACUACCAGCUCGACCAUCGUGUUCCAAGAACGUCAUCGUCUAGCACCGAAGAUGGAUCCACUUCACCGGACAAAACCAAACCGAUGAACAAGGAGCGCCACCUCCUCACCGGUUGCUAUGAACUCCUCCACUUCGGCCACCUCAACGCGUUGCGACAGGUGAAGCAGUGCUACACCAAUUCGCAGUCAAGUACAAGCUCCAGCAGCAGCAGCAGGGACGUCCACGUCGUCGCAGGGAUCCACCCGAACGAGGAGAUCUUGCGGGUGAAGGGCGGGGUUUGCAUUUUGGACGAAAAGGAGAAGGAAAGACUGCUGUUGGGGUGCAAAUUUGUCGACGAGGUGGCGCACAACGUGAGAUACGACACUAUGGCGUUCUCAAUUGUUACAUUCUCUACUGUUACAUGGAUUUGUGAUGCGAGAGUGGCAAAAUUGAAAGGAAGGAUCUUGCGCGUCUUGCAUGACAGAUUUGGCACAGAUUCUAAGCCUGUUGGGCCGUCUCAGAACUUGUCAUGCGAAGCAGCUCGAUGGCGUCGAUAGUCAAGGUAAUUUUGCACGACAAAUCAUGUAACAGUUGAGAAUGUAACGUUUGAGAACGCCACAGACACGAUACAGCCCGAAGAAUUCAACUGCGACUACUGCUUAUCAAAUGCGAAAAUGUCUGGGUUUGGAAGAGUCAUGCUGUUUUUGCAUGACACAGAAGGUCUGGCAUGGAAGCUCUAGCAUCACAGGUUUCGAGAAGCUUCCGCGAUGCCGAACCCGCAUGAGAAAUCCCCCAUUUUGGUGACAGAAAGUCGGCAGCUUUUGCUACCUAUGCAUGAGAGAUUUUUCUGUGUUCUAAAAUGCGCAUCACAAGUUCGGAUCCUUCCAGACCCAGACACUUUUGCAGUUCAUACUGCUGGCACGGGGACGAUGCGGUGGUGGUGCAAGGUAGGAAAUAUCUUUUUCGUUUGGUAGUUUGGAGAAUCUGAAUCAUCACCAUGACCACAACUUGCAUAAUUAAUACUACACUCGUCUUUUUUUCAUGCGAGACGAACACUUUAGAUUUAGAAUGGUGGAAACGUAUCACUUCGCACAUGACAAAUACCCACUCUACUACUACUCCUCGCUUCCCAGCACAGGCACCGACAUAUUCGGGUACGCGAAAAACACCGAGAAAUUCAAGACUCUUCGUAUGGCCUGCUCAAGCGUUACAAUCUCAAGCGUUAUAAUAGAAUCUGGAAUUUGUGUUGCAUGAUGGGCAUGACAGACUCGCACAGCGUUCCACCUUUUGCAAUACAAAUUUCGACAGAAUGUAGAGGGGUUUGGAGCUCCGGAACUUGUCAUGCGCAACCCUAUGAGAGUUGGCUGGAUCAACAUGCUCAUCAUGCAAGACAAAUCUCAGAUUCUAUUGUAACGUUUGAGAUUGUAACGCCUGAGCGGGUUAUACUUCGCCGCACCGAGGGAAUUUCAACCACGCUGAUGAUAGCGCGGUUUUUCACGAACCAAGAGCGAGAGGGCGGGUUUUCCGGGUCCAACAGCCCGUCGAAGACAACACGAGGUGCAGGAGGUGGAGCUGCUCCGAGCCCCUCGCCCGCGCUUUCGGAGGAAGAGGAGACGCUGAUGGAGAUGAGUUGUCUGGGGGAGAAUUUGGCGGAGAAGAUUCUUUCGAAGCAGGACAAAACGGAAAUCCAAUACAUCAACGCGACGGCGUCGCGCAUCUCCCGCUUUUUCCUUCCCAACCGGCCGCGGUCGGUGUGCAAAUCCGUGGUGUACUUGCAGGGAUGCUUCGACCUGUUCCACGUGGGUUACUUGGACCUGCUCCAGCUGAUUCUCGAAACGGAGCGGAAACGGAAGAAUUUGGAAUCCGUGAAGGACGUCUUUCUCAUCAUCGGGGUGUUGCAUCACACAACAACAUCUACUACGACGCAUAAUUCUGAUGUUGACAACGACGGCGAUCAUCAUGUCAAGACGCAGUUCUGCCUGCAGUCCCUGCACGAGCGGGCGAUCUCCAUGCUGUCGCUGCGGUGCGUGGACGAUGUGGUCCUUGACGUGCAAAAUAAGGUGGACGAGACGUUUCGACGGUCUCUGGGGAUCACAACGGUGUAUGGGAUCGAAAACCACUGCGACUUUGUGAACGACGAGAGGAACGCCAGUUGCGUCGACGCGUGGGUGGACGGGUUUGGGUACUUUAGCUCGCGGACGAUCCAGCUCCGGGUGUUGAAAAGCAGGAAGGUUUUGAAGGAGAGGCAGGCGAAAAAGAAGGAACCCGAGAUGGCGGUGGCCGGGUCGAUCAACAUGAUCGACAGUGGGGCUUGAGUUAGAUAAGAGGAAGAGUCUUUCGGGGACAGAAAAGUUUCAGGACUUCGUGAAAAGAGAUUUCCUCAACCUGCUCGAAGAAAAGCAGGCUCUGAAAAAUUUUCAACGCAAGGCCUUGUUUUGUGUUCUCAGAGUUGAUUGAGUAGCUGGCUCAACAGUCGUCCGACGCCAUGAGGGUCCAGCUCUGUGCCUAUCAGGCAAUAGCCUCUUCG